AUGGAAUCAGUACGCCCAAAAGGCCCACUUGUCCCCUUCACUUCAGCUCUACUACCAACGACCCAAACAAUCCCAGGGCGAACAAUCGUCCUCGAGAAGCUCUCCCCAAAGCAUGCGGAUGACCUCUUUGACCUGACUGGUGGACUUGACACAUCCAGGGCAGCUCUCUGGGACUACAUGUUUGAUGGGCCAUACUCAGAUGCCGAAACAUUCAAAGCCAGCAUCGCAUUGAAAUCCACCUCAACAGAUCCUUUCUUCUACGCAAUCAUCGACAAGCGCAACUCUCUGCCUACUUUUGGAAAGGCAAUUGGCUAUCUCUCUCUGAUGCGAAUGACUCCCGACCACCUGGGCAUCGAGAUCGGGAAUGUGAUGUACUCGGCGGCGCUCCAGCGCACGACUUCCGCGACAGAGGCAAUCUAUCUCCUCGCUCAGCAUUCUUUCCAUGAUCUUGGGUAUAGGAGAUUGGAGUGGAAAUGCAACUCGCUAAAUGAGCCCUCAAGGCGCGCGGCUUUGCGCUUGGGAUUCUCGUUUGAGGGGGUCUUUCGACAGCAUAUGAUUAUUAAGGGAAGGAAUAGGGAUACGGCUUGGUAUUCUAUUUUGAGAGAUGAAUGGGAUGCUUCGCUAAAGGCGGCCAUGGAGAAAUGGUUGGAUGCUGGGAAUUUUAGGGAGGACGGUGGUCAGAUUAAGUCACUGCAGGAUCUGAGAGCUGAGUUGGUCUGA